CAAUUCUCACAAUUUGAUUUCCAACAGACAAGAACGCUUAAGAUACUCGAUUUGGAUUUUUUUUUCUUUGAGAUUAUAGUUUACAGUCUUGGCAAACUUGGCAUUUCUUGGCAAUACCAUUUCUCAUACAACUUUGCAUUUUCUGUUUUAGAUCCAGAUUUUACAAGAUUUGAAACUUGAAAGAUUGGCUAUAGACUUUUAUAAAUCGAAGAACCAUCACGUGGAUAUCAUAUCUGACCAUCGUCCUUUAUCUCGAGUCGUUCAACCAAGUUUCAGAUAUCCAAGCCUUUAUUAUCUUGAAAAUCACCUUUACACACUGGUCAAAGUUUUCUUAAUUCCUUCGUUACCAAAUCAUUUUAUCAAGCCGGUAGGUAAUCUUUAAGAAGAAUAAGUCAAAGAAAAUAACUAGCUAGCUUGGAGUUUCAACUAGUCUUUUGGUUGGAAAGAAAAAGGAAUCUUGAUUAUCGAAUUUUGUUUUAAUUCAUUUUGCCAAAUCUUAUAUCAUCAAUCAAUUACAUCAGACUUUUCUGAAUUUCAAUACCAACAACUGCUUCAAACGGAUUUACAAGAUGUCUAACCUGGCAGAAAUUUUAGGAGAUGUGGUGUUCCGUAGCCUUGAUCCUACUUCUCUAGACGCAUGUCCUUCUCCUUCAAUGGGAUCAGUCACUUCAGAUUGUUUAAACGAAUGGAGUUCAACGUCUUCCAAACAAACCAAAUUACUCAGAAGUCAAUCAGAACCUGUCUUAGGACCUAUGGUGAACUUUACAGGUCCUAUUAAGACUCAUCAAAGACCUCAAAUGCUUUGGACUAGAUCUUCUUAUGGAUCUGAUGAAGUGAUUCAAGUGAAUGAUUCGGUUGAGGAUGGUGGGGUUGAGAAUCUUGAGGAUGUGGAAGAUGAAGAAGAAGAAGACGUUUCACCUGUUUCUUCUAAUUAUCCAACUCAUGUCACUUGUUCCAACCCAUUUAUCCAUCGAGUUCAUCAUCAAGAACACAAUUUCUUAUCAUCAUCUCUACCAGCUUCGAUGUCUAGAACCACGACCACCGAACGAGCCACUCAAGAACUCUUACAAUUAACUCAACCCUUAAGAGAAGGCGUGAUGUCACGUGAAAGGCUCUUACCGGCUUCUCGUAUGAAACAAGUAGGAGUAGGGGGUAGAGGUAAACGUCAUGCUUCAUUAGUGGGACAAACUUUACCGGUGAUUUCGUUGGAUAGUCCUGUAGAACCUGCUUUGGAUUGGGCGGGUUCUGUCAAGACGAUCACGCCUUCUACUUCUUUGAUUGGGUUGAAUCAGAAUCUGACUUCCAAUGGAGUACCUUUGGUGGCUCCUAGACCUAUUAGGGGUUGGCAACGUGGGAUUUCUUAAGUGAAAGACUUCCUGAUGCCCUUUUUCUUUGUAGUUUUACUCUUCUUUUCUCUUUCUUCUGUUGAUGUAUUGUUACUCCUUUAUCCCCACUCAGAUUUUUUUACUUCUUCAUCUUUUUUUUUCUUACUUUUUUUUCUGUUGAAUGUUUAUGUAGAAUAAUGAUCUUUUGAAUCUCUUUUUUUUUGAUUUCUUUGAAUCAUUAACUCUCGUUUUUUUCUUUGAUUUUCUUAUUAAUUUAUAUUUAAGAAUUUCGUCAAAAAAAAUAGAAGAAAAAACUUACUUCUUUUUUUUUCUUUCGUAUUGAAGAUUCUUUUUUACUUUUUUAAGAAAUUUAAUUUUUUAAAAUGAGAUAUCAUUAAACUCUUAAUUUUUUGAAAGAUCAACUUCUUUGUACACAGUUAUUUUUUUUCUGCUCAGAGAGAUAUGAUCUGUUUUUCUUUUCAUUUUCGUUGAGUUAUAUUGUAAAAUUAGUUUCUUUUUUUUGGAUUGUGUUUUUUCAUUGAGAAAAAGCAAAUCUAAAGUGUAUCAUGUUUUUUUUUAAAAUAUUUAUGAGUUGGUUUGAUUAAUUUUGUUUUUUUUUUUGAUUUGCGUAAAUGCAAAAGAUCUCCAUUCUAGUUAAAAAUCGAAAACUGAUUUGUUGAAUGUUGAGUUG